AUGGAAUCGCCUGCGUCGUUCGAGUCUUCGUCCUAUCGAGGCAAUCGUAUUGUCGCCUAUUUGCAAACGCUAGCCAGAGCUAAGAAUGGCUUACCACACGGUGUCCCUGUCUGCGUUUGCCCAUCACAUACAAUCACCACCACGAAGGCUCUCCUCGAACUCGCAUCCUUGCUCGGUUCUCAUAUUGCGAUCUUGCAAGUUCAUGCAGAUAUCAUCGACGAUUGGAGCGACGAAACCGUCCGGCAGCUGACUCUCCUGGCCAAGAGGCACGCAUUCUUGAUCUGGGAGAGUGGUCGAAUCCUUAAUGCCACCGUCGAUGUUGUUGGAAAUCAAAAGUCCGAGUCGAGAGAGGUGAGGAAUGAGAUGGUGGAUUUGAUACGGAAGAAAUACACCAAGGGUGUUGUCAAGGCGGCCUCGUGGGCGGGCAUCGCGACAGCAUGGGCAUCCGGUGUCGCUGUUGGUAGUCAGGAAGCGGACAUUCUGAUUCCGACGUUAAAGGCUGCCGCUCGGGAGGCUGUCGCGGACAGCGUGCAGACUAUCCGAACCGAGAUCACGGCCGUCAACACCCCGAGUGAAUCUUAUCUGAACGGGCCUGAGGCCGAACUGGAGGAAGACAGCGCCGCGCAACAACAUCUGACGCUAGACUAUGCUGUGGAUGAUAGUGGUCUUGGCCUUGCGCUUCGGAAGUCUUCGACUAUUUCCCUUACGCAAACCAUUACUCAACACACAGAGGAUUCGACAGAAUCGCUUCUGGACACUGUAACGCAACUACCGCACGAAACGAUCUCACAAACAGACAUCCAACACAUCUCUCAUGGCGACGACCUUCCGCCUCCACCUCUUCUGGCACGUGGGCUUGUGCUCUGCCUGCCAUCUGUGACCGACACUUCAUUCACCCCCGAAUACCGACAGAGCUGCCUGGCGGCUGCGCGUGCCAACCAAGACUUUGUCUUGGGAUUUAUAUGCAGUGAGCCAUGGCACAUCGUAUCUCAACACGAUGGUAUCUUCAAUGACCAGUCCUCUGAGUGGGAUGAGCGCAAUGGUUGCGAACCAUACAGCUCGGAUGAAACACCGGCAUGCCUUGCUAUCUUCUCCGUCAUCUCCCACAAAAUCAACAUGCUGGCGGGCCACGAUGAUGGGGAUGAGAGCGAUGAGGAAAUGAGCCCGACCACCCCGGUGGCUCCAAGCUUACCGUCGAGGAUCACGAGCCCACUAGCGUCAAAGCUGCAUACUAUCGUCGGGCAGGCGAUCAAACUCCGAGAAACUACCAUGAAGCAUACGGUGAAUGGACAAUUGAGCUCGAACUUGUGGAAUUCCACUCGGGUCAUGCACGUUCCCGUGGUGUCAUUACCCUGA